AUGACUAGAUUUGCAAAACAUAAGAAAUCGAAAAAAAAAUCUAUUGGUGAAGAUGCAACACCAUGGGAAAAAUUAAAAGAACCUCUUAAUGAAGAAGAUCAACGUAAAGAAGCAAAACGUUUAGAAAAAAAACGUAAACGUGAAUUAAAAAAGAUCUGUUUUCGAUGUCGAACACCAGGACAUUCAAUGAAUGAAUGUACAAGUGAAAUAUGUGAUGAACAAAAAAAGAAACGUGACAUAAAAACUGGUAUUUGUUAUAAAUGUGGUUCAACAGAACAUCGAUUAAAACAAUGUACAGUUAAGGGUGAUUCAUUUGCUUAUGCAACUUGUUUUAUUUGUGGUAAACAAGGUCAUUGGUCACGUUUAUGUCCUGAUAAUCCAAAUGGUUUAUAUCCAAAUGGUGGUUGUUGUAAUGAAUGUGGUUCUAAACAACACUUUAAAAGAGAUUGUCCAACAUUAUUAAAAAAGCAAGGAAUUGAUGAUCAACAAUUACCUUGUCUUACUUCGACUACAAAUAAUAUUGAUGAUAAUGUUGAAUCAAUAAUAGAAAAAUCUAAUAAAACAAAAAAAUCAUUAAAACGUUUAAAACUUGUUAAAUUUUAA